CAGACCUCCCGGGCUCUCAUGGUGAUUUCUCUCCUCCUGGGAUUCUUCGGCAUCAUUGUGAGCGUGGUGGGCAUGAAAUGCACCAAAGUUGGCGAAGAGGAUCCUGUUACCAAGAGCCGCAUCGCUGUUGCUGGAGGUGUCCUCUUCAUCCUCUCCGGUCUGUGCACAUUGGCUGCCGUGUCCUUGUACGCAGCACAGGUGACCUAUGAGUUCUUCAGAGAGAGCACCGUCCCCAUCAACGCCAGGUACGAAUUCGGCUCGGCUCUCUUCGUCGGCUGGGGGGCCGCCAGCCUCACCGUGCUGGGGGGCUCCCUCCUGUGCUGCUCCUGCCCUGCCAAGGAGCAGCGAGGACAGCAGUACUACCGGCAGUCGCAGCCUUCAACGGCUCGGGAACCCCCUGUAAAAAUGUCUUCUUCACCCAUCAGGGGAGAGCAGUGCUUAUAGUCUGUCUUCACCCGUCAGGUG